AUGAGGACCACCAAGUGCCAGCUGCUGGUGACCAGCCUCUGUGUCAUGUUGCUGGGGUUGUCCAUUGCCACACUGAGCACAGUCACCCACUACGGGCUCCAUUUCACCCUCAUCAGCAACAUCUCCCUGGAAAGCAACUCCUACAGGGUCAUCCACCACGCAGCUUUCUACUUUGGGAUCUGCCUCAGCAUGACCCUGAUCCUCGCAGCCCUGCUGAGCUCUGCCGCCACGGUGCAGGAAUCGCAGUGCCUCACCGCCAUGGGAUUUUUCUGUUUUGCUCUGGCCUUCUGCGGAUUAAUCCCAGCUGCCUGCUGGAGAUACACGCACAGCACGGAGGUGGAAAACAGCAUGAUGGAUGUGUAUGAUCUUGUGUACGAGGAGGUGAGGAGGAACGCCUCCAGCUUCAGGAGGCACGAGCUGACUGCCAUCCACGAAGCAUUUCUGUGCUGCGGGAAGCGCUCUCCAUUUGGGGACACGGACAACGUCGAGCGCAAGACGUGCCCAUCUGGCCAAGUGCGUGAUGCGGGACAGGACUGCCUGCGAGAGAUCCAGGACUUCCUGAAGAAGCACAUGGACUUUGUCUCCAUGCUCCUGGGCAUCACCAUCGGCUUCACGGUUUACGGCAUGAUCCUGACUUCAUUCCUCUGGUUCUCCAUCCACUUCAGCAGCAACCUGGACCGGAAAGGCAAAUACACCCUGCGAGAGAGGUAGAAACCCGCCGCCCGAGCAU